GUGUCACUUCGCACAUGCGGAGAACACCUUAGUAGCAACGUUAGCUCCGCGUGGACAGUAAAGGGGGAAGACGGGGAUUUGUUCGAGUGUCGCAGGUAAAAUAUUCCAGUUGUCGAUGAAGCAGAGAUGUCUUCACUUCAGUUUUUGAGGAAUUUAAUUUUUGAGCGCUCGACAGCUGCUGCUGCUGAAGAAAUAUUCCGACAUGUAGAAAGAAUCGUCGUGGAGUACGAGGAAGAGUUGGAUCGUCAGCGCAGAUUGUUGGAUAUCGUUUGUAAACCUCGACUAAAGUUAUACCGGAUCGAUCUUCCACAGAAAGGUGUUCUUAAGGAGGAGCAGGAGGAGGAGCAGCAGCUCUGUAACCAGGAGAGGUAUUCCAGUCUGGACCAAGAUAAACCAGAGUCUUUACAGAUUAAAGAGGAAGAGGAGGAAAUCUGUACCAGUCAGGAGCAGGAGCAGCUUGAACUGAAGCAGGAGGCUGAUAAUUUCAUGUUGAGUCCUGAUAAUGAGGAAAGUGAUCACAUAAAACCAGAGCGUGAAAAGCAUGUGUGCAAUAUUUGUAAGAAAUGCUUUAGGCAAAAACAUUCCUUCAUGGAGCACAUGAGAAUUCAUGCAGAUGAGAGGCCAUUUUCUUGUAAAACUUGUGGACAGUGUUUUAGACACAGUUCAGAAUUGACAAGCCACAAAAGAAUUCACACAGGUGAGAAGCCUUUUUCUUGUGAAAUAUGUGGAAAGUGUUUUCGAUAUAAUGGUCAUUUGAAAAAACACAAAAGAUCUCACAUAGAUGAGAAGAGGGAGAACACCACUGCAGCACCUGUUGACGUACAGGCGUCGCAGCCAUUAUGUUAUAUUUACCAUGUAAAAUAUUAAGCUGUGGAUGCACUGCACAACUUUCAAACUGCAAAUCCAAGAUGUAAACUUCACUCAAAAUAGAUGUUGAGUCACUGGUAUAAAAGGAGGAGAAACUUCAUGGAAGCCAUUCGUCUUUUAAAGGCAUGAGUAAAAUGCACCAUUGGUCAUUGUCUUGGCCAUGACAGUGGGUUUAAACUUCUAACUGAAUCUAGUCUCUGAUUUUAUUACAUUAUAAAUGCUUCUAAUGCCUAUGAGUGUAUGUCACGGUAUUUGUGUUUACUGAUCAUCAGUAGUCUCUUUAGAUUUUACUAUUUUAGUCAAUUUUUAUUUUUAUUUUUAUCCUUUUCAUAUGAUGAUUGUCCUUACCAUUGAAACAGUAUUUUAAAAACAUGUAUCAUAGUCUUCAAAGUACUGGAAAUUAAAGUUUUGAGUUUUUGUAUUUUUUUUGCAAAAAUGUGUGCCAUUUUUAUACACAAUGGAAUGCAAGUAAUAAAACUUUAAUUCAUGGA